UCAAUGAAAGUCUCUGCUUCUGUUACACAAAGUUAAUCUUUAAUGAAAUUAUUAGAUCUAAGUGGUUGACUUCUUGAAGUUCUUAGUGGUGUUCGAGAGAAGAGAAGAGAAAUGGAGAAGCUCUUAUCUACCAAGACAGACUUGAAGUUUGUACCAGACUCUUACAUAUUGCCAUCUGACACUAGACCUGGCACUACCAAAGUUCCUCCACUUGAGACCAUUCCUGUGAUUGAUUUGAAACAAGAACCAACUAAACUCAUUCACCAGAUCAUAGAUGCUUGCAAAGAUUUUGGAUUCUUCCAGCUGAUUAAUCAUGGGGUUGAGGAGAAGCUAAUACAAGAUGUAUUAGCUGUGACAAAGGAGUUUUUUGAGCUACCAGCUGAGGACAAAGCAAUCUUCUUCUCUGAUGAUCCAAAGAAAAUUUGCAGGCUUUAUACCAGCAUUGAUUAUCUGAAAGAACCAGUGCAUUACUGGAGAGAUGCUUUAAGACACCUUGGUCAUCCUCUAGAGAAACACAUCCAAUUUUGGCCUCAUAAACCACCUCAAUAUCAAGAGGUGGUGGGGCGUUACUCAGUUGAGGUGAGGAAGCUGAGUUUGUAUCUUUUGGAUCUGAUCUGUACAGGAUUAGGACUUGAACCUGGAUAUUUUAGAGGCGAAACUGAACUGACUGAAGUUCAUGUAAUGUCUGCAAAUCAUUACCCACCAUGCCCAGAUCCAAGCUUGACUUUAGGAUUACCUAAACAUUGUGAUGUUAACUUAAUAACUCUUCUUCUCCAAGAAAUGGAUGGUCUUCAUGUCAUGAAAGAUGGGCAGUGGCUUUCAGUUGAGCCUAUCCCUAAUGCAAUUGUUGUCAACAUAGGCCACACUUUACAGAUUAUCAGUAAUGGGAAGCUAAAGAGUGCUGAACACAGAGUUGUGACACACCAAAAGCUUGCGCGGACUACUGUGGGCAGCUUCUUAUUGCCUUCCUACAGUUGCCAAAUUGAGCCUGCAAAGGUGCUCAUCAAGGACAGUAACCCCCCACUCUUUAAGUCAUUCACAUUCAAAGAUUUUCUGGCUACCUAUAUGACUGAUACUUAUGAGAGAAAACCACCACUUGAGCGCUAUAAACUUCAAGUUUAUUAGAGAUCAUUACACAAGUUGCUUGGUCAUACUUGAACCAACCACCAUUGAAAUCUUGUCAAAGGGCAUCUCUUAUUUUCGUUUGUAUAAACUCAGAACUAUUGUUUUACAGACUUCUUGUAUUUUAUGGGUUGUAAUAUUAAUCAGUCAGUGGAUGAUGAAUGUUGAAGCAAAGCAUCAAUGGUUAAGUAUACAUAUCUACUUCAACACAUUAUUUAUAUAAAAUAUUCUUUUGACUU